AUGUUUAAGACGGCUUUAACAAAACCAUUGAGCUUGAACUCUGCUAGAUUUUUUUCGACCACUCCAAGAGCUUUCGGGACUAAAGUUUUUUUCAACACUUCCAUCAAUGGUGAGAAGCAACCACCAAUCACCUUUGAGUUAUAUGAUGAUGUUACUCCAAUCACCGCUGAAAACUUUCGUGUUUUGUGCACCGGUGAAAAAGGUGUAGGAUACAAGGGAUCUAUUUUCCACCGUAUUAUUCCACAAUUUAUGCUUCAAGGUGGUGAUUUUGAAACUGGUAAAGGGUAUGGUGGUUAUUCGCCAACUCACAAUAAUGAUAAGUUCAACGAUGAAAAUUUCAUCAAGAAGCACGACAGACCAGGUUUGUUAUCUAUGGCCAAUGCUGGUCCCAACACCAACGGAUCUCAAUUCUUUAUUACUACUGUUCCAUGUCAUUGGUUGGAUGGUAAACACGUUGUCUUUGGUGAAGUUGUCGAUGGGUUUGAUGUUGUUAAGAAGAUUGAAGGCUGUGGUACUUCUAGUGGUACUCCUCGUGCCAGUGUCGUUAUUGAAGAGAGUGGUGAAGCAGAGAAAUAA